CUUUGAGUCUUGAGUUUGUUGAGGAUGGUGAGCUUUGCAACUAAGACCCAGAAACUGUGGCAAAUGACCUCCAGUUGAACAAGCCUCUUCACUCCAGGCCUUAGUCAGGCCUGUCAGAUCCUCCCAGACCUCCAUGAUCUCCAGCUGGAGGCAUACGCUGCUCUGCAAACAACCAUCAGUACAAACCCCGAAAAAGUCUGCCCUCCGGUACCUGCUACAGACCUUCUGUCUCGGCCAACAAGAAGCACCAUGAAACUGGAAUUCACAGAGAAAAACUACAACAGCUUUGUGCUGCAAAAUCUUAACAAACAGAGGAAGCGCAAAGAGUACUGGGACAUGGCCCUGACUGUGGACCAUCAGGUCUUCUUCGCACAUCGCAACGUGCUGGCUGCCGUCUCUCCACUAGUGAAAAGUCUCAUUUCCAGCAACGACAUGAAGACCACCGAUGAACUCUACAUCACCAUUGACCCCAGCUACCUGAGCCCAGCCACGGUAGACCAGCUCCUGGAUUACUUCUACAGCGGCAAAGUGGUGAUCUCAGAGCAGAACGUGGAGGAGCUGCUCCGGGGCGCGCAGUAUUUCAAUAUCCCACGCCUUCGGAUUCACUGCAAUGAUUUCCUUAUUAAGUCUAUUCGCCGCAUCAACUGCUUGCGCUACCUCUUCUUGGCUGAGCUGUUUGAGCUCAAAGAAGUAUCAGACUUGGCCUACUCUGGCAUUCGUGACAACUUCCACUUCUGGGCCAGUCCCGAGGGCUCUAUGCCCUUCAUGCGCUGCCCACCCGUCAUCUUCGGCCGCCUGCUCCGGGAUGAAAACCUUCACGUGCUCAACGAGGACCAGGCUCUCAGCGCACUCAUCAAUUGGGUGUACUUCCGCAAGGAGGAGCGGGAAAAAUACUUCAAGAAGUUCUUCAAUUACAUCAAUCUCAAUGCGGUCUCCAACAAGACGCUGAUGUUUGCCAGCAACAAGCUGAUUGGCUUGGAGAACAACUCUGCCCACGCGACCUUGAUCGAAAGUGUCCUGAUGGACCGCAAGCAGGAGCGCCCGUGCAGCCUGCUGAGCUACCAGCGGAAAGGGGCCCUGCUUGACUCGGUGGUCAUCCUGGGUGGCCAGAAGGCCCACGGCAAGUUCAACGAUGGAGUGUUUGCCUAUAUCAUCCAGGAGAACCUGUGGCUGAAGCUCUCAGAGAUGCCGUACCGGGCAGCCGCGCUCAGUGCCACUGCUGCUGGCCGUUACAUCUACAUAUCCGGUGGCACCACUGAGCAGAUUUCAGGACUGAAGACAGCGUGGCGGUAUGACAUGGACGACAACUCUUGGACCAAGCUGCCUGACCUGCCCAUUGGGCUUGUCUUCCACACCAUGGUGACCUGCGGGGGAACAGUUUACUCAGUGGGUGGGAGCAUUGCCCCACGCCGGUACGUCUCUAACAUCUAUCGCUAUGAUGAACGCAAGGAAGCCUGGUGCCUGGCGGGGAAGAUGAGCAUCCCUAUGGACGGCACAGCAGUCAUCACUAAGGGUGACCGGAACCUGUACAUUGUCACUGGGCGAUGCCUGGUGAAGGGGUACAUCUCCCGGAUUGGUGUAGUGGACUGCUUUGACACCUGCACGGGGGAAGUGGUCCAGUGUAUCACCUUCCCCAUCGAAUUCAACCACCGGCCCCUGCUCUCCUUCCAUCAGGACAUCCUCCGUGUACACAGCCACCGGCAGAGCGUGGAAAUCAAUUUACAGAAGAUCAAGGCCAACAAGUCGACAGCCUCAGUACCGCUGUUGCCCAACAGUUGUCCCUUGGAUGUAUCCCAUGCUAUCUGCUCCAUCGGCGACAGCAAGGUAUUUGUAUGUGGGGGCGUCACCACAGCCAGCGAUGUCCAGACAAAGGACUACACCAUCAAUCCUAAUGCUUACUUGCUGGACCAAAAGAUAGGUGAAUGGAAGACCCUUGCCUGCCCACCUGAGGCACUGGACUGUCCUGCCUGCUGUCUAGCCAAGCUGCCUUGCAAGAUUCUUCAAAGAAUUUAAACAACUUUUUAAGUGGGAGAAUAAGUAAAUGCAUUAUUAUUCACAAUUUAAUGACAGAAAGCAAGG